AUGUGGUGUUAUAUUAUUAGUGAUUUAAUUUAUGCACAAAUAGAUCAACGGUUUGCUAUAGAGCCGAGCGAUAAGACAGCAAUAGUUGGCGAUACAGUGAUACUUCCCUGUAGGGUAGACCAUAAACAGGGCACUUUACAAUGGACUCGCGAUGGUUUCGGUUUGGGAACCGACCGAACACUUAAUGGUUUUCCACGUUAUUUGAUGAUCGGUACCGAUGAUGAAGGUGACUUUUCGUUGCAAAUCAGCUCCGUUUCUCUUGAAGACGAUGCAGUGUUUCAGUGUCAGGUGGGAGCUUCUGAUGGGAUCAGAGGAAUCAGAUCCCGGAGCGCAACAUUCACUAUAUUCGCUCCACCAGAACAUCCAGUGAUAGUCCAGUCCCGAGCACAGGGAGAUUACCUGAGGACAACUGCUGGCAUUACAGUAGAGCUCACCUGUGAAGCACACGGCGGUAAACCACCCGCUGAGCUAACGUGGUUGGAUUGGGAGGGAAAUCCAGUGACGAGUGGCAUAUCAUAUACAACACAACUAUUAAGUGAUGGAAAGCGUUGGAAUGCGGCUCUUAAGUGGACAUUCAUUGCCAGUAAAGAGUUUGACGGAAAACAACUGACCUGUCGUUCAGAAAACGCGGCACUAAAACAACCAAAGUAUACACACAUUAAAGUUGAGGUCAGGUAUGCACCAGAAGUACGAAUACAAGCAGAGAGUGUUCAACAACACAUCGGAGAAGACGUCCAAUUGGUUUGCGAUGCCGUCGGAAAUCCCAGUCAAUUGACGUACAAAUGGUUCAAAAAUGACGAACCAGUUGUCGGCGAUCACGGCUCACGUCUAGUCAUACAUAAAGUCGGCAAAGAUAUGAACGGAAUGGUCAUCAGUUGCGAAGCAGCCAACAGUGUGGGCGUCGGUCGCGCAAAAUGGACUCUGGAUGUGAUUUACGGACCAUACUUUAGGACACCAUUAGAUUCGUCUACUGGCAGUCAAAUGGGACAACAAAUCACUCUAAGAUGUGAUGUCGACAGCAAUCCCAGACCUAACAUAACAUGGCUUAUGGCUGGCAGUACUCAAGUGAUGAGCACUGGACCCGAAUUAAUGAUUCGUGAUAUGAGUGCCGACAAAGUUGGACGAUAUAUGUGCAGAGCAUCUGUCAAAGGAUUUGCUGAGAUUUCAGCACAAAGUCUUGUAUUUAUUAAAGGUCCGCCACGAAUCAGACGGCCAUAUGUUCAAUACGGCACUGAAGGACAGUCCGUUACUGUCGAAUGUAUUAUAGACUCAAUUCCUUCGCCAUCAAAGAUAUUAUGGUUUCAUAAUUCACGGUUGGUAGACGUGGAUAACAACGAUGGCUAUGAACUGAUUGAAGACACCAUUCAAUCGGACUCAACAUUUCGGUCAAUGAUUUCUAUUAGAAAAUCUAAAAUAGAAGAUUUUGGUCAAUAUAAUUGUAGCGUUUGGAAUGACAAUGGAUUUGAUUCAAAACUUAUUAUUUUAGUUUAUUUAACAAACUUUUCACCACUGGUUCUAUCGAUUGGUGUAAUUAUAAGCGGAAUUGUAUUCAUAAUCGCGUCGACGAUAAUAAUUAUUCUGUGUUUAAAACGAAAAAAUAAGUUUACAGACAAUGAUAGUUAUGGGAAUGACCUGAAAAAAGGACAGGUAUUAACUGUAGGCAACAGUACAGCUUUAAAUGGUAAACAUAUGAAUCACUCGGUUAUGGAUUCGGGCAGUUCUGGAGCUGAUUCCGACAUUAAAGUAGAAGUACGGACCGCCAGUUCAUUGUCUCAACACUGGGAUGAAAACGAACAACAAUUUAGUGAAGAUAUUGCAAAACAAACUACAAAUGGAUAUUACAGUUCAUGUGUUAAUAACAAUUGUCUAUUUGUGUCAUCAAAUCACGUGUCAACAGUGUCUCCAACACAGACACCUCACGCGUCCAUAAUUAUCUCAUCCGUCGACAAUCAAAGGGCCAGUUAUGCAAUAGAGCCCACGUAUGGUACACUUGUAGCCGACCAAAGGUACCGAUCCGUUGGUUACGCCAAUCCAUAUCUACGGACAUCCAAUUCGUCAUCAAUUGUGACAACAAGUAGUAGUGAUAAUAAUAACAGUAAUAAUCAAUUAUCUGCCGGAAUGUAUAGCGCCAGUCAAAGAUAUAUCACAAACAAUGGACAGUUAGUUAACAAUCAUAAAUUUAAAUCAGUUAUAGUAUGA